AUGGAGUACGUCGGCUACAGCAACCUCUCCUCGACGCCAGCAAGGACGGAACUCACGUCGGAAUUCACGCAGCCGUGGAUGUUCACGAGCCUGGACCAGUGCUUGGCCCACUACGACGCGGCGCCUCCGCUCGACGAUGAGAUCUACUGCAACGCCACAUGGGACAACAUCAUGUGCUGGCCGCCUACGCCUGCCAACAUCCGGGUUACGCUGCCCUGUCCGCCCGUGCAAGGAGUCGACCUCAAACAGACCGCGUACAGAACGUGCUCUUCAGAAGGCCGCUGGAUGGGGAAAGACCCUUAUGGUAACGCUACAAACGGCUGGACCAACUAUACGGCUUGUUUCACUCCCAAUGUGCUGGAUCUUCUGAAUCAGCUGUAUUCCGGGACUGAGGAAGAGGCGCAGAUAAAGUUUCUCGUGGCCAAGGGAUCCCGAGCCUUAGAAAUCAUCGGUUUAAUCCUCUCUCUCGUCUCUCUCCUCCUCUCCCUCUUCAUCUUCAGUUAUUUCAAAUUCGUAGAUUUUAGGGGUCCAAUAUCACAGCCAAGUUUCAGGAAGCUCCGCAACAACCGCACCCGCAUCCACAAGAAUCUCUUCGCCGCCAUGAUCCUCCAAGUGCUCGUCCGCCUCAUCCUCUACGCCGACCAAGCCAUUGUCAGAGGCGAUUCGACCGGUUUAGGGUCCGGGCUGUCGACGGAACGCCAGGGGAUCGAUAGUACGCCGAUCUUAUGCGAAUCUUUCUACAUCCUCCUGGAAUACGGUCGUUCAGCGAUGUUCAUGUGGAUGUUCAUUGAAGGGAUGUACCUGAACAACCUCAUUAGCGUCGCAUUCUUCCAAGGACCACCCAAUUAUAGCGCAUACUAUUUCAUUGGAUGGGGUAUUCCAGUAUUCAUGACAGCCUCGUGGGCCGUCGUGAUGUCCCUCUGGAUGAACGUAGACUGCUGGCUCGGUUACUCUCUCACACCUUAUUAUUGGAUUCUGGAAGGACCACGUUUUACUGUCAUUGGGGCAAAUCUCCUGUUUCUCCUCAACAUCAUGAGGAUUCUGAUAAGCAAAUUACGUGAAGCAAGUUCCAGUGAGGUGCAACAAAUAAGACCCCUCCGGAGAUCGGUGCGCAACGCCCUCUUCCUCCUGCCGCUGCUGGGAAUCACCAACGCUAUCACCAUGAUUCCCAAGCCCCUGGAACGGUCGGCGUUUGAGUUCGGCGUCUGGUCCUACGGCACGAAUCUGCUGACGUCAUUCCAGGGUUUCGUCGUGGCGUGCAUCUACUGUUUCUUCAAUGGAGAUGUAAAGCGGACUCUGUGUUACUUCUGGAGGCUCAAAGUCACGCUUCGAACUCGCAAGCAAAGAUCCGAAGCUUCGUCGGCUUUUCCCGACCCUGACGGCAUGUACGAUGCCGGAUUCGCUCAUCGGCCGAAGCUUCAUUUUAAGGCGCGCAGCAAGUCCUCCAGCGACAAGGGCCUCCCGAACGGGCACCUGCAGUCGCUGCACAGCCUGGGCGGCUACCACAGCAGCCACAUGCUGCACCGCGAGGAGCCCGGCCACCCCUACCACGUGACGAUCCCCACCACCAGCUUAUGA